AUGCUCUCGUACAAAACUGUCGUAUUGGCGCUUGCGUCCCUCUCUUGCUCUUCUUUCGCCCUUCCCAUCCGGCGUGAGGUUCCCCAAGAGCACUCUCAUGAGCCUAUCUUGACUAGCGUUCGGACGAGUCUUAACCUGAACAACCCCGACCAGAUCCAAGAUCCGGUUUUCGGUCUUCUCGGAAACGCCGCAGCCGCCGCUGGUCAGGGCAAGAUCACCAACACCGACUGCUUGCAGCAGGCGACGGCCGAUCAGGCCUUUACAAACGCCAAGGCGGCUGGUGACGUCGAUGGCAUGGUCAACGCGCUCAUUUACCGCGCCCUCGAGCGCAACACCGGUGCGGUUGGCCAGGCGUCCGUCGCAUGUACCGCGAUCCAGGCCGUGAACCCGGAGAUUGCGGCGAUCUCGCAACAUCAGGAUCCGGCCUCGUCCGGCGCGGCGGCGACGAAUAAGGCCAUAGUACUCGAGCUCGCGAAGCAGAUCGCGGCCGUCGGCGGUAACCCGCAAGACGCGCUCAAGUCGGGCACAUUCGCGCCCGGCACGAUCGGUGACCCGACCGCGAAGGGCAACACUUGCGACGACGCGAAUGACCCGAACGGCUGCAUCUUCACGCAGAACCUGCUCGUUGAUGAUGCCACCGCCGACGAGAUCAACGCGGCCGUUGCUGGU